AUGCGUGCCUCGGCGCGGUCCAUGCCCGCCGUGUUUCGCACCGAGCUCUCCGGGUCGCUCGGUCGGUCCGCCGCAGCGGGCCAUCCUUCCCGCCAAGUGCGCGGCUGUCGCACAGACUGCCCGCCCCGGAGCCUCCGAGAGGUGCACAUCAUGAUCUUCAUGCUCAUGCUCGUGCUGCUCUUCCAGGCCGCCGCGUCGCUCUGGGCGACGCGGGAGAUCGCGGAGUGCUGGGCGAAGUACUCCCGG